UAGAAGAUGAAGGCUGACGGCAUCGGCGUCCACAGCCUCUCUCUGGACUCCCUCAGUCUGACCGAACAUGAGGAUCCACACGAGGAGACGCUGGAGGACGAGGCGGACGCUGACGCUCCGGUAUCCGAGCUGAAGCGCGUCCGGCAGGAUCUGUCGACUGAAGCGUUAUACCUGCGGGCCUGUAAACUGGUGGGUGUGGUUCCAGUCCGAUAUUUCCUCAGACACCUGGGCUGUGCCACCAUUAACCUCAACCACCAUGGACUCGGGCCGCUGGGAGGAAAAGCCCUCGCCAUCGCCCUCGUGACAGACACACACACCUCAACGCUGGAGUUAGCAGACAACUAUCUGCUCGCCGAAGGGGCCAGAUACUUCAUGGAGAUGCUGAGGGCCAACUUCACCAUUCAGAACCUCGAUCUCUCCGACAAUCACCUUCAGUCCGCUGGAGCGGAGUGUGUUGCUAAAAUGCUCUUGGAAAACAUUUCCAUUAAAUCAUUAAAACUUUCAGGGAAUAAAUUUGCUGAACAUGAUGCCAAAUGGUUUGCAGAAUCUUUUUCGAGCAACUACAGGGUGAAGGAGCUGGAUCUGAGCCACAACCAGUUCUGCGGCCGAGGCGGUGAACAUCUGGGCCAGAUGAUCGCAAAUAAUGACGGUUUAGAAGUUCUUGAUCUGAGCUGGAAUCAUCUGCGGAUGAAAGGAGCUGUAGCUUUCUGUGCUGGACUGAAGGUCAACACGACACUGAAGCACUUGGACCUCUCGUGGAACGGCUUUGGGAACGAGGGCGCGUUAGCUCUGGGUGAAGCGCUGAAGUUCAACAACACACUGGUGCACCUGGACCUCAACAACAACCGCAUCACUGAUGAAGGAGCAGGCCUGCUGUGUAAAGGCCUGGAGGCCAACGACACGCUCAGAGUGCUGCAGCUGGCGUAUAACUCCUUGACAGUAGAGGGGGCUCUAACUCUGAUCAAUGUGGUCAAGAACACACCGAAAACCGCCAUGGAGGAGAUCAACAUAUGUGAUUACCUUGAUCAGCGCAAGCUUCGUCUGUGGGACUUCUUCCGUAACAUCGACAAGGAUGGGACAAUGCGCGUUCCUGUCGUAGACUUCAGAAAAGCCGUUCAGCAAUCCAGUAUCCCCCUGGAGAGAUUUCAAAUUGAGGAGUUGAUUCAGAGACUGGACAGAGACCGAACCGGCAUAGUGGACUACAGAGGCCUGGCAGACACUAGGAAACAGAUGAUGCGAGACCACCGGCGCCAACUGCGUAAAGUGGAGUCACGGCAGAAGAAGGAGAAGCAGAAGAGCGACAGGAUCCUCAAAACCUUUGAGAGCGCCGUCGAGGCCGUCACUCCACGCAGCUCCAUGAUAAUAUCACCAGGAGUCGGCAAAGAGGACUCCAGCGGCCCUCAGCACUUCUCUGCCACGCCGCUCAGCUCCUGGCACCACAUAAUCAUGUCCAACAGCAGCCGCUACUCCGUCAAUAACAUGAGCAGCGAGCACGUGCACCUUCCCAUGAUCGGGAACCCCUCGAGAUCACCAGACAUGCGCUCAUAUUCACAACCGAAUCUUUUCGCCAGCAUCCCUAAACCAUCGACCAGCAAACCCUCUUCUGCUCACGGAUUGCACUCCACGUCUAACCCGAGCGUGGCCAGAAGCAACCUCAGCCCCACUGCCGACCUGACCCGAUCCAGGCCGGCGCUAAACCCCGAGCCCGCCAGCAAAGCAAAGGUUAAAGGGAAGAAAAAGAAGACCAAGAAAAGAAAAGAAAAGAUAUAAUGGCAAAAGGAUAUGGUGUCCUGUCAAGCUUCAGAAAACAUUCAGAAAACUUGCAAUGCAGCACAUGGACCAUUUCUAUGAUAUUUCUUGUCCUUUUUAACGUUUUACAUUUAAUCAUUUAGCAGACCCUUUUAUCCAAAGUGACUUACAAAUGAGUAGAGCAAUAGAAACAGUUUAACUAACAAUAGGUAACACUAUGCAAGUGCUGUGACCCUUCCCAGUUUAGUCUAGCGUAGUAUACUUCAUGCCUUUUUUUGAGGGUUUCCUCUGGUUUACCCUACAGUCGGAAUACAUCCCAAAUAGCAAAUUGAUUUUGGGACCAAUCUGGUUGAUUUUUGGCUGUGAGUUUGGAUCAUUUGGAAAUAUGGCCCAAGAUUGGCCCAGAAGCUACUUGCAAAAAGUUAACCAGAUCCAUACCGGAAGCGGACCAAAACUCACCCACAACAUCUUCCCCAGAAAUCAGGCAUAACUGGCCCAAAACAGGGUCAGGAUCCUCAAAUGCUAGCAAGAAAAGAGCCCAAACUGCCACCCCCUUUACCCCAGAACUCACCAACAACAACAGUCAGAAAACAGCCACUUUAUAAUAUUUGUAUCUUUGGAAAUGUUAGGGUUUUUUUUAAACUACAGAAACCAAGCAAAUGCAAAGUAUAAAGUGUUAUUGAUGCUGAUAAAAAAACAACACAAAAUACUCAGAACUCAGCCUAAUGCCUUUUGACACAAGAUUGCAAAAAACAGUCAAGCAAAAAAACCCAACAAUGCCAGAAUCAAAUCAGGAGUGCCAAAUGUAAGCCGGAUUUGGCCCAGACUCUGUUGCUAUCUGGGAUGCAGGUCAAACGCCACACAGAAUGUUCUCCAGGUCCAGCCGGGACUCGAACCGGGAACCUUCUUGCUGUGCUUCCCUCAAGAAGUUCAAUCCCCAUCAAAUGCAGUACACAGUUUCACAGUACGGGGUUUCAGAUGCAGCUUAAUUGAAGAUCUGAAAGUUUCCGUGGUGUCAACGCUGGGGACUUUUAUCUUAGUUUGUCAAUUAUACCAUAUAGGUUUUCUUCUCUUGUUUAUGUUUGUUUAUUUAUUUAUUUAUUAUUUGUAUACAAAUUAUUUGGGUAUGUGAGUGUAAA